GUGAGAUCCUGUCAAUCCCUUUUCCGCGCCGUAUAUCCACGGAGCCAUCGCGGCACCGAGCAGCCCCUGCGAUCCUUCCGCGUCGGUUCGCCCGCCCGCCAUCCCCCUCAUAUAUAAAAAUGCACUCGACUCUCACUCUCGAAGCAAUCCACUUCCCAUUCAGACAUUUUCACAAACAAGUCCAAGGCCAGGAACCGAAAGCCUCGAGCGCUCUCCAUGGAGGCCGAGUCGUCGCCGUUCGAGAGCAGCGAGUGCUGGCGACUUUCUUGGCGUCGACGCCCUUCUUGUAGGCGUCGUGGAGGCUGUGCAGCUCCGUGAACCCCGCCGAUCCGAGGAUCUUCGUGGCGGACCGACGCGGCGAGGUAGGGUACCUGGCGUUCUCCGGCUUCCAGGCGAUCGACGGGUCGGAGCCGAGCUGCGGGACCCUGAUGGUGCUGGGCGAGUUUGGAUGCGAGCAUCUGUUCUCGCCGUUGGAGUGCGACGGCGAGGGGACGGUCAAGGUGGACGCCGGAUUCCUCCGUCUCUUACUGGAAUUUUACCAGCGACAGGAUUUCCAAAAUCGGAUUCAGGAAUUUCUAGCAAAAGUUAAGAUGAUUAUCCUCAUAGGCCAUUCCUUUGGAGCAACAACUGCCUCUCUCACUGCUCUUUGGUUCCUCUCCCAUCUCCAGCCUGUCGCUUCUCCCAUCUCUGUCCUCUGCCUCACCUUCAGCACUCCCUUGCUCGGCAACGAGUCCCUUUACCGAGCCAUUCUCCGAAACAGAUGGGGUGGGAGCUUCUGUAACGUUGUCUCAAAGCUCGAUGUAGUGCCGAAACUGUUCUUCGCUCCACUAACGUCCUUGACUCCUCAACUGCACCUGCUGCUUCAGUUUUGGCAAGACAUUACAACUUCACCCAGUUUAGAACAGCUUGUUGGAGAACUGCGAAAACAAAAUUUCGAUGAGUUCUUCAGCAACAUCAAGGAUUGUGUGAAAGACGUCGCACAAUCAGAAGAAGAGGGGAGGAACAAUUUGUUUUGGCCAUUGGGAAGCUACCUACUCUUUUCAGAAGAGGGAGCAAUCUGUCUGGAUAAUGCAACGUCUGUUGUUAAGAUGAUGCAUUUGAUGCUCGAGAUAGUCUCUUCAGCUUCCAGUUUUGAGGAUCAUCUGAAGUAUAGUUAUUAUACGAGACUAUUUUCUUCACAAUUCCUGGAAAGGAUAAACGUCAAUUGCCUCUCCGAGUCAAGCCAGAAAGCUAAUGUCUUCUUGGCAUUACAAUCCUCAGGAAUAGAUCCACAGGAUGACAAUAUUUCAAAACCAGCUAAAGAUUGCCUGCAGAUGGCUCGGCACAUGGGACGUGCGCCGAACCUGAACAAUGCUUAUCUAGCUAUCAAACUAUCUGAGAUAACACCCUGCAGGGCACAACUUGAGUGGUACAAGGCACACUGCGAUGAGUCCGUGGAUCAACGUGGGUAUUAUGACACAUUCAGGGAAUUUGCAGCAUCCAGGAGGGAGUCCACAAUCGACAUGAACCUGUUCAGACUCGGCGCAUUCUGGGAUAGGGUCAUAGGCAUGGCAGCACGGAAUGAACUCUCGCACGAUUUCCACCGCAGGUCCAAGUGGAUCCAUGCGCCCCAUUCCUACAUGCUCCUCGCCGAGCCAUUGGAAAUUGCACGCUAUUACCGUCAUGGCAUGCACACAAAGAAGGGACAUUACAUCAAGCACGGAAGGAAUAGGAGGUUCCAGAUUUUGGAAAGAUGGUGGAAUCGGAAGGUGGCUGUUGCGGCGCAAGAACCACAACAAAAUAACAACAAAAGGAGUAGGAGCAGGUACGCAAGCUUUACUCAAGAUUCUUUGUUUUGGGCAAGGGUGGAGGAAGCUAAAGACUGGCUCAAGGACGUGGAAGAGGAACAGGACCUGAAUAAGUUGAAACCGCUUCUGGAGAACAUGAACGGUUUCGAGACGUAUGCAGAGGAGCUAAUUAAGAACAAGGAGGUCUCCAAAGAUGUUGUGCUUAAGAACUCAAGUUACACAUUAUGGUUUGAGAAAUGGAAAGAUUUGAAGUCGAAGCUCUUGCAGCAACCUUCUACUCCUGUUCUGAAUGGAAUGGAUUGUGAUGACAAAGAGAUCUACAGAUAGUGACACUAAUAGUCU